AUGAACGGUGUCGAGAACAAUCACGCUUCCUCCUCACGCCCUCCCUCACCUUCCCGGACGAAUAUAGUCUAUAUCCCAGAAGGAGGGUACGAUGCUCAACCUCAGCCUCCGUUCGACUAUCAUUCCCUGGAUGGUCAAGACCCAUCUAUAUGCAUAGACAAUGGUGCUCACUCAUGGCGAGCGGGAUUCAGCUCCAUGUCAACGCCUUAUGUCGAUAGACCAAAUAUCAUAGCGAAGUAUAGAGAGAGGAAGUUCGGGAGAAAUUUGCUGUUAUUUGGGAGAGAUACUGAGGUAGACGCGAACUCCAGGAGCAACAUUAGAACGAUGUUUGAUGGAGAUCUAUUGAUACAUUCAGAUUUACUGGAAUGUGCGUUGGACAUGACGUUCUGUACACUAGGUAUCGAUAGUCCGAAGAUAGAACAGCCGAUAGUGAUGACGGAAAGAUUGGCAAAUCCUCUGUUCAGUCGAGCUAUGACAUCCGAACUUCUCUUCGAGCUGUACAACGCUCCUUCGGUGACUUUCGGGAUAGAUUCCUUAUUUGCUUUUUCAAGGCAGAAACAUCAGGAUGGGUUAGCCGUUAGUCUAGGUCAUCAAGCGAGUACCGUUAUACCUGUAGUGAACGGCAGGGGAAUCAUGAGCCGUGCUAAGAGGAUCCCUUGGGGAGGCGCUCAAGCUUCUGAGCUGAUGCUCAAACUUGCCCAACUUAAGUAUCCGGCUUUCCCAACGAAAGUCACACCAUCACAGGCAACUUUCAUGUUUCGAGAAACAUGCUACUUUUCUACCGACUACGAUAAGGAAUUGAACAGCCUGGCUGAUCCUGCGAAAUUAUCUGAGAUGACAAAGAUAGUACAAUUCCCAUUCACUGCGCCAGAGGUGAAUGAGAAAACUGAAGCUGAACUAGCAGCUGCAGCGGAAAGGAGGAAAGAGCAAGGAAAGCGUUUACAGGAGAUGCAGGCUAAGCAACGUGCCCAAAAACUCGCAGCAAAAGUCGCAGAGCUGGAAGAAUACAAAUUACUUCAAUCUGAAAGACCACAAUACAAAAAGGCCGAAUUCCUAUCGAGGUUACAGGAGAUGACACCAUUUGAGACGGAAGCUGAGAUGGAUAGUUGGAUUAAAAAGACUGAAAUCGAAGUCAGGAAGAAGCAGCGUAAAGAUUUGGGUAUGGAGGAGGAACCUGAAGAAGAACCUGUUUUCCCCCUUGUUGAUCGACCUGAUUCGGAACUGAACGAAGAAGAAAUCAAAGAGAAGAGAAGACAGAGGUUGAUGAAAGCUGGUUGGGAGGCGAGAGUAAAAGCUAGAGAAGAGAAGAAGAAAGAAAGGGAAAAACUGGAGGAAGAGAAGAGGUUGGAAGAGGAGGAAAGGACGACCAAUCUUACUGGAUGGUCAUCCCGUCUCAAAGAGGAACAAGAGUCUGUCAUCGCUCGUAUACAGGAGAGAAAGAAGCGCAAAGCACAACUUGGAGAUAGGAAAUCUGCUGCUGCUCAGAAUAGGAUGAAGAACAUUGCAAGCUUGGCAGCAGAGGAGAAAACCAGUGGUAGCAAGAAGAGAAAGAAGGGAGAAGAUGAUGAUGGAUUUGGAAUGGAUGACUCUGAUUGGCAUGUCUAUCGAGAAAUCGGCGGAGAUGACGAGUCCGAAGCAGAAGAAGAUGAUCAACUACUACUCCAGUCUCUAGAAUCAAGAUUACUGCAAUACGAUCCGUCCUUUACCGAAGAAAAUACACUAAUCGGACGAGCGGAAGCUAAAAAUAAACUUAUUAAUGCGUUUGUGCGAGGUGGACUACCAACUGGGCAGAAAUACGAUUUCGACGAUAUCAAGUUGAAUCAUCAACUACAUCUGAACGUAGAGAGGAUCAGAGUACCUGAGACAUGGUUCCAGCCAUCUAUGUGGGGCAUCGAUUCUGCCGGGUUAGGGGAAGUUGCAGGAUGGGUAUUGAAUGGAUUUGAAGAGGAAGAGAAAAGGAGAUUAAUGCAAUGUAUAUUUGUGACGGGUGGAGGAGCGAAUAUACCUAAUCUUAUACCUCGGCUGCGUAAUACCCUGACACCCAUCUUCCCUUUCCGGGCACCUCUCAAAAUUGUCUCUUCGCUUGAUGGGGUUGAUCCGAGAUUGGAAGCUUGGAAAGGAAUGGCUGAGUGGAGUAAUACUGCCGAAGCGAAGGAAGCUAGAGUCACGAGAGCAGAGUAUGAGGAAUAUGGCGGCGAAUGGCUGAAAGAGCAUAAGUGGGGUAACGUCGCUCCGUAA